AAAAAUACCUUAAAAUUCACGAAAAAAAAACUUGAAAGUGUAUAUUUUCUAACGUGGUUUGUAAUUCCACAAAGUUGAUCGAUUUUUUUGUGUUAACCAAAGAUGAAGGAAUACGGUGAGGUGAUCUUCGUUGAUCAGCUGAAACACCACCGUGUUGUGGCCAGCCAGAUCGAUAAGACUCGUAUUGCUUGGCAAAAAAAUAGCUCCUGGUUUUCUGCUGCCCAAAGGAAGCAUUACUCCCAAUAUGCGACCAUAUACGCUGAAAGCCGGAAAAAAUACGGAGAUGAAAUAUACGGAUACUACGCAAGAAGGAACCGCCUGCGGCCUGAGUUCACUUGCAAAACCAAGUCUACAAUCGGAAAGGAGGACAGGAAGACGCAUAUUUCCAUGGCGCACCUCAUAGGAUACAAGUAUUCCAAAACAACCAAUGGCGAAUAUGGCAGUGUGCCGCCAUCAGACUUAUUUUUCUGUUUCUAAGCUGUUCUUUUAUUUUGAAAAGAAAAAAAAUUUAAAAAACUAUCACGAUCUUUGCAAAAUAAAGUUGACUUUUAUUUUUUUAA